CUGGGUUUGCGAUCAUCAAGCCCUUACAUGAUCUCUCUUGACAGCAUGUGCCACUUUGCGUGAUAAAGAAGAUAGAUGAAGAAGAAGGCGUAUCUGAUCAAUUGUCGUGGCGUUUUUCCCGAUUCACACCUCAUGUAAAACACUCGAAACGCUGACAGAAUACUCAUGGGGUGUAAAAAAUUUCACCGUUUUCGUUUUUGGUUUUCUUUGCCUACACUAAUGCGAUGGAACACGUCUUCAAGCAUUCGCACUGAAUUGUUCAUUUCGCAGGGACUCUUUCUGGCACCAAAUCAGAAGUCCAUUACUCGACGGAAUACAAGAGUCUCAAACAUCUGAGUAAAACGUCAUUGUCAUAUUCUACGAGCAGGUUACUUUUAAUUAGUUGAAAUUUCGAAGCCUUGCCCUGUACAAGUUAUAGAGAUUUUUUGCGACAUUUCGCUUCUGAAGUCUAGAGCCUGAGAGUGUCCCAGAUCAAUACGCUCCCAAGGAGGAAGUGACAAUGAAGAAUAAGGUCUGGGGUUGAGUUUUGAUUCAAUGAUCCCUAGCUAAGUAGCCUAGCCUUGGUUGGUAUCAGACAACAGAUUAGCACGGUGAUAUUCAAACCUUUAGUAAGUGUGUACCCUUACGUGACCGCUUAUAACACUUUUUACUCAUAUGACUAUUUUCUUGGGUGACGGGCAAGGAUGACAAGCUUGUCUAGAUCACAGCCUCAGUCAAAUUAUUGACUUUCAAAUUUUUAACAAGUUCUCGCGAGCUUGCAGCUGAGUUUCAUUUCAAAGCCACGAGGAUCCGAAUUGAAGAUUAAAGCCACCAUGAGUGUUACGCCUUUUCUACUUAACAAGAUAUUAUUUAUUACAUGGUGCAUCCCUCUCACGGCAGCUUUUCCAACAAGGUGGACCGACUACUCAAGUGAUAGUGUUUGGAAUGAUAUAGAUCAACUAUAUAAAAACAUUUUACAGGAAUUAAACUAUGAGGUUAAAAAUGACGACAGCGAAAUCAAAAAAUCAGUUGUAAAGGAGACUGAUGGAAAUGCAUUUGACAGCAGAGGAGAAAUUAGCCAAGGAAGUGGAGAGCAGGCAAGCGGUGAAAAUAGUAGAGAGCAAGCAAGCGGCCAAAACAGUGGAGAGCAGGCAAGUGGCGAAGGUGAUGGAGAGCUGGAAAGCGGCGAGGAAAGUGGAGAAAUGGCAAGCGGCGAGGAAACUGGAGAGCUGUCAAGCGGCGAGGAAAGUGGAGAGCUGGCAAGCAACGAGGAAAUUGAAGAGCAGGUAAGCGAGGAAGUAGGUGGCGAAGGAAGUGUGGAACAGUUAGGCAGUAAAGAUGUUGGAGAUGAGGCAAAUGGCGAAGAAAACGGGAACAGUUUUGGUGGUGAAGAAAAUGGGGAACAGUCAGGAGAUGAAGAAAGUGGGGAAAUGUCGGGCGGUAAAGAAAGUGGGGAAGAGUCAGGAGGCGAAGGAAGUGGAGAAGAGGCGAGCGGUGAAGGAAUUGAAGAAGAGUCAGGCGGUGAAGAAAGUGGAGAAGAGUCAGGAGACGAAGAAAGUGGAGAAGAGUCAAGCGGUGAAGGAAUUGAAGAAGAGUCAGGUGGUGAAGAAAGUGGAGAAGAGUCAGGAGGCGAAGAAAGUGGAGAAGAGUCAAGCGGUGAAGGAAUGGAAGAAGAGUCAAGCGGUGAAGGAAGGGGAGAAGAGUCAGGAGGCAAAGGAAGUGGGGAAGAGUCAGGCGGUGAAGGAAGUGGAGAAGAGUCAAGCGGGGAAGAAAGUGGAGAAGAGUCAGGAGGCAAAGGAAGUGGAGAAGAGACAAGCGGCGAAGGAAGUGGAGAAGAGUCAAGCGGGGAAGAAAGCGGGGAAGAGUCAAGCGGGAAAGAAAGCGGGGAAGAGUCAAGCGGUGAAGAAAGUGGGAAAGAGUCAGACGGUCAAGAAAGUGGGGUAGAGUCAGGUGGUAGAGAAAGUGGAGAAGAGUCAAGCGGUGAAGAAAGUGGAGAAGAGUCAAGCGGUGAAGAAAGUGGAGAGGGGUCAGGAGGCGAAGGACGUGGAGAAGAGUCAAGCGGUGAAGAAAGUGGAGAAGAGUCAAGCGGUGAAGAAAGUGGAGAAGAGUCAAGCGGUGAAGAAAGUGGAGAAGAGUCAAGCGGUGAAGAAAGUGGGGAAGAGUCGGGCGGUGAAGGAAGUGGAGAAGAGACAGGCGGUGAAGGAAGUGGAGAAGAGUCAGGUGGUGAAGAAAGUGGAGAAGAGUUAAGCGGUAAAGAGAGCGGGGAAGAGUCAAGCGGUGAAGAAAGUGGAGAAGAGUUAAGCGGUGAAGAAAGUGGAGAAGAGUCAAAUGGUGAAGAAAGCGGGGAAGAGUCAAGCGGAGAAGAAAGUGGAGAAAAGUCAGGCGAUGAAGAAAGUGGUGAAGAGUCAGGAGGGGAAGGAAGUGGAAAAGAGUCAAGCGGUGAAGAAAGUAGAGAAGAGUCAGGCGGUGAAGAAAGUGGAGAAGAGUCAGGUGGUGAAGAAAGUGAGGAAGAGUCAGGCGGUGAAGAAAGUGGAGAAGAGUCAGGCGGUGAAGAGAGUGGAGAAAAGUCAGGCGGUGAAGAAGGUAAAGAAGAGUCAGGCGGUGAAGAAAGUGGAGAAGCGUCAGGAGGCGAAGGAAGUGGAGAAGAGUCAAGCGGUGAAGAAAGUGGAGAAGAGUCAGGCGGUGAAGAAAGUGGGGAAGAGUCAGGCGGUGAAGAAAGUGGAGAAGAGUCAGGCGGUGAAGAAAGUGGAGAAGAGUCAGGCGGAGAAGAAAGCGGGGAAGAGUCAAGCGGUGAAGAAAGUGGAAAAGAGUCAAGUGGUGAAGAAAGCGGAGAAGAGUCAAGUGGCGAAGGAAGUGGAGAAGAGUCAAGCGGUGAAGAAAGUGGGGAUGGGUCAGGAGACGAAGGAAGUGGAGAAAACUCGGAUGGUGACGAAAGUGGUGAAGAGUCAGGAGGGGAAGGAAGUGAGGAAGAGUCAGGCGAGGAACAAAGUGCCAAAGGGUCAGGUGGUGGGGAAAAUGGGAUGGAGUUAAGCGGUGAAGGAAGUAUUGAGCACAGUGGCAGCGGUUCCGGAGAUUCAAGUGGUUCUGAGAUCGUUGUUGUUAACAAUGGACGAGUUCUUCUAGGUGGUGGUGUUUCACGCACUCCUACCUCUGGGCCUGAGAUAACACCUAUUGCUGAGGUGUAUUAUAUGCCAUUUUGAAGUAAAAGACAACAUAUCGGUUCCAACGCCAUGAUGCUUUCAACAGUUGCCUUCCUGAUGGAAAAACACUUCCAUUUUUGUGAUUUUAGAUAAUCAAGAAAUAAAUUGACGUCAGCCACGCUAAAAUCACUUGGUUAACUAAAAAACGGUAGCUAUAGUGAAACCUGAAAGCUUGUCUUGUCCUCUAGCGCUCUUGAGGAUUUUACAACUUUUUUUGAUUUUGAGGCGUGAAAAUAUGAACGUAGCCACUGACUGUGAAUUUCUUGAUGAGAUUUAGCUGUUACUCGUACAACGAUUAAAGGGGGGUGAUAAUAGCGAUGUAGUAAAUAAAUAAAGACCGCUUGAACGACCUUGGUUUAAUGCAGAUUCGACUCUACUUUCCCAUGAGAUCUACUAUCCCCGGAUGUAAAGAGAAGUACCGGGAAUCUUGGGGAGGAAGGAGAGUGCAAAAAUGCACGCAUGAAUAAUCGCUGCAAAAAAACACAAUUGUUUGAAAGCUGGAACCCGUACACACACGAAAGCCUGCCUUAGUUUGUCCAUGUCUUAGUUUAUGUAAUGCUUCGAGCUGCUUUGGUUUUGUUGAAAGUUUUGUGUUUUGUUGUUAGAUAACAAAUGGUAUACGGUAAAGCGAGCAGUAUUGAGUGAUGGAUGCACUUGGGAGGUUUAUCGAAUCGAAGCACCCAAGAAGUUGUUAGCAACUUCUCUCGUGCAACCAGCACUCAAUAGUGCACCCUGACGGCGCCGUUCACUAUUUGUCGACUAAAGCGUAAAAGUGGCACUAUAACGGGCGCCACUUCCAAAUGUUUAACCCUAAACGACAGAUUUUCAUAAGUCUUUUGAAUGCAGAAGCCCACACGACGCAAUACGCUGUUUCUGUAGAAUGCCGGAUGUCAUACCUUUCUGGAAGGCCUCAAUAAACCAGACGUUCUAUCGUAGUGCCAACCUUGCAUUCAGUUUUAACUAGACGUAUUUUCGCUGAUGAGAAUCUAAAUAUGAUGCUUUAGUUGUGUUCAAAUAUGUAAUUCCAGACUACGCGAGAUUUUUGCCAGGUCCACCAGUGUGCGUAGAAAAAAGGAUGCCAUUUGAUAAAACGAAUACGGCACUGAUAAGCACCGAUAUUCCUGGGCCCACAUAGUUAUAACUGACAAAAAGGAAUAUUAGAAGUCUUUUGAUUACAAGGGUCCACACAACACAACAAACAAAACAUACUGGUUUAGUUGCCGGAUCUCUUUAUGUAGGAUGCUAGUGCCAGAUGUCACUAGAAGUGUGUAAUCAAAACUGAAUGAAAGUCUCGCACAACGACAAAAAGGCUGGUUCAGAUUGAGUCCAAUAAAUCGACUUGAAAAACUAAUUUCUUUGAUUCUCAAGGCAAGGGUUAUGACACUGAACGUAAUAUGGUUUCAUGGCAGCAACGAGU